AUGGAAAGGAAUGCCAAGAAAUGCGAGAAGGAAGAAAAAGCACAAAAGAAUAAAGUAACUGACGCAAUUAAGAAAGGAAAUAUGGAGAUGGCCCAAGUGCAUGCCGAGAACGCGAUUCGGAAGAAGAAUGAGGGCUUGAACUAUAUGCGAAUGUCAGCACGCAUUGAUGCGGUGGCAGCUCGAGUUCAAUCGGCAGCUACGCAGAAGCGCGUUACUCAAAGUAUGUCUGGUGUGGUGAAAGCAAUGGAAUCGGCAAUGCGUUCGAUGAAUCUUGAGAAGGUGCAGAAUCUGAUGGAUCGUUUCGAGAAGGACUUCGAGAAUCUGGACGUGCAGUCGGCCACUAUGGAAGGAUCAAUGAAUGCAACAACGACGCUGAAUGCACCACAAGCACAAGUCAACGCACUUAUACAAGAGGCUGCCGAUAAGGCUGGACUGGAACUGAACAUGGAAAUGCCAGCUCAAGCCACCACGACGAUCGGAGGUCGCGUGGCCACGUCAAGUGCUGAAAACGACGAGUUGACCCAACGUCUUGCUGCGCUCAGGCAAAACUGA